AUGAGCGAGCUUGUAAAUUUCAUCUUAGGCGAGGGAGAGCAGUUCCGAAGAGCACGUUUGCCAUCGCUUUAUUCAGACUUCACCCUUCAACGCUACUCCAACCCAGACGGAUUUGCAGCAAAUACGGCUGCAUGGAUCGACGCGCUGACCAAAGCUGCCCGGUCUGGCUUGCUGCCAUCCGAUGGCGCUAACCAUGACACGUUGUUAGUGAGGACCGGAGAAAUUCUCCUGCAGUCUUUGGAGACCAAAGAAUGGGGGAGACCGUUGGCCCUCAGAGCUGUCAUAGAUGAAGCAGUUUGCCAGCGGAGCAUGAUUCCCUACCAAGAAUUUAUCACCGCUCGAAAGUCCAUACACAGUCGUAAUUGGACCAUUCAACCGAGGUGGCUUUUUUCUUGGGGACUGAAGCAACUAGGGCUUUUGGAUUUGUCUAUAGGGGUAGGAUUACUGCCAACAGCGAGCUUUGUCAUACUCCCGAACGUCGAAGUACGUGGCAGCUACCAUGAUCAUGGAAGCUUUCUUACUCUGAUACAGGAAGCCGCGAGUAAGAUUGUCAACAAGAUGGGGAGUUCAAGCAAUCAGAUCGACCGCAUAUAUCCAAUGUCCAUGUUCAGUACUGAAGCUGGAAAAGUUCUAAAGUCGCAAAACGGAUUGACCGAGAGUGAUCUCCACCUCAUUCUCAAAUAUUUGGCACGAGACAAAUCAAGAAUAAUCUAUGACGCUGAGACCGUCAAAUUCAAGGCAGCAGGUGAGACUUCAUCCACGUUAACGACUCAAGACAAAACAAUAGCUUCCUUAAAAACGCUCAUUGCCGACAUCAACUUGCAAGUCGCUAUGUUCUCAACGCGCAUUUCAAAUCUGUCAGAAAGUGCGCAAAAGGCGAUCAAAAACAAGAACCGAACGUCUGCGCUGGCUGCGCUUCGAUCAAAGAAAUUGAGCGAAACAAUCCUAAUGCAGAGAUCGGAGACACUGGCACAAUUGGAAGAAGUGUAUGGCAAGAUCGAACAAGCAGCAGAUCAGGUCGCCAUCGUUCGCGUCAUGGAAGCCAGUACAGGCGUGCUCCGAAAUCUGCAUGCACAUAUAGGUGGCAUCGACAAGGUGGAGGAUGUCAUCGAAGGUCUUAGAGAUGAAAUGGGCAAGGUUGAUGAAAUUGGUGGCGUAAUUGAAGCGAGUGCUCAAGUGGACAGCGUCAUCGAUGAAAGUGCCGUGGAUGAGGAGCUCGAAAGCUUGGAGAGGCAAGCUAAAGCAAGAGAAGAAGAGAAGGGUGCGCGCCAGACGCAGGAAAGGCUCGCCAGUAUUGCCACGGUCCGAAAGACCGAGGACAAUCAGCCGGAAGAACGCAAGGACAACCCUCAGGAGCUGUCGUCCGAUAGAAGAGCUCCAGAAUCUCCAAUGGAAGAGGGUAUCAGCGGUUUGAAACGUCUGUCGCUGGACGAUCCUCGUGGUACAGCCGAGAAGGCAUGA